AUGAGCCAUCUGAAGAACGCCGAUUCACUCAACCCGAAACAGGGCAGCUUCAAACCCUCGGUGGCACCCGAUGGGCCUAUGACUGAGAAGGGUCACCAGCCUGGCCGUAAGGUUAACGAAGCCGACCAGCGCCCUGAGUUUCACCUGGAAUCCCACCCUCCCGGCACUGCGCCCGCCAGCAGCUCUUAUACUCCCAAUACAGUUCACGAGGUGGGUGGCCAAGCCAACAACCCAAAUGUGCUUCGGGGACACGGCAAGGAGUCUGUUCAAACAACGGCCGCAGACACUUUAAUGGGUGCUACCUCAGCCGAUGUGCAUACGGGAAUGGGGAAGCCCCUCCAGGGCCAGACAAACGUUGAACUGGCCCACGAUGGUGCCCACGGUCGUAAAAAGCAACCUGCAGGUCUGGAGGGCGUUGGCGCCUCCCGCGAAGACCAUGGUAUGGAGCGCAAGUUGCCUGAUCAGCGCGGUUAUGAGAAAGAACAGACUCAGAGCGGCCGCCGAGGCAACAAGGGCGAGCGUGCCGCGGAGGAUAUGGAGCCGGAGCCUGCUGAGACCCUGGAUAAGGAGUGGAAUUAUGAGCCUACCACAAAGCGCAAUAAAUAA